UUUGAAUUCCUCAAUCAUCUCCUCCUUUUUGAGCUCUUUGCCGCCUCUCUCUCUCUCUCUCUCUAAAACCCUCGCAAUGGCAGCAGAGGGAUCAACAGAGCUCUCCUUCGAGCUCAAGUUGUAGAUUCUUCUCCGAUCGAUCGAUCGUCGUCGAGAUUCUAGGUUCUUGAUUGAUGCUGAGAUCUCGCCGCUGAUCGAGCGGAUCUCGGAUACAGGGAAGGUGAAGUGGAGCUUUGAUUAGGUCAACACAUUUGAGGGUGAGAGAGAAGUUGUUUUCCCCAAAAAUGGAGCAAUAUGAGGUAUUGGAGCAGAUUGGGAAAGGUGCAUUUGGUUCUGCUCUCCUCGUGAGGCAUAAGAUGGAGAAGAAGAGGUACGUCUUGAAGAAGAUUCGCCUUGCUCGACAGACCGACAGGUGUCGGAGGUCUGCUCAUCAGGAGAUGGAACUUAUUUCCAAAGUGAGGAACCCAUUUAUUGUGGAAUACAAGGAUUCUUGGGUAGAAAAGGGCUGUUAUGUAUGCAUUAUCAUCGGUUAUUGUGAGGGAGGGGAUAUGGCUGAAGCAAUAAAAAAGGCAAAUGGAACUCUUUUCUCAGAAGAGAAGCUUUGCAAGUGGCUAGUGCAGCUCCUUAUGGCUCUAGAUUACUUGCAUAUGAACCAUAUUCUUCAUCGCGAUGUUAAGUGUUCAAACAUUUUCUUGACAAGAGAUCAGAGCAUACGCCUUGGUGACUUUGGGCUUGCUAAAAUGUUAACCUCAGAUGAUCUAGCCUCUUCUGUUGUAGGAACUCCUAGUUACAUGUGCCCAGAGCUUCUUGCUGAUAUACCAUAUGGUUCUAAGUCUGAUAUUUGGUCAUUAGGAUGUUGUAUAUAUGAGAUGACUGCCUUGAGGCCUGCAUUUAAAGCAUUCGAUAUGCAAGGUCUAAUAAACAAAAUUACCAAGUCAAUAGUUGCUCCUCUUCCAUGUUCAUAUUCUGGUGCUUUUCGAGGACUGAUUAAAAGCAUGCUCCGGAAAAAUCCAGAACAUAGGCCUAGCGCUGCAGAACUGCUUACGCAUCCACACCUGCAACCAUAUGUGCUACAAGUUAAUCUAAAGUGCAGCCCCACUUACAACUCUCUUCCAGUCCCACACCCUAUUAGUAGUCACAUAAAGAAAAUCAGAUUUUCGGAUGAUGAUGAAGACUCAGUGUGCAAGAGUAAGGAGAAGAGACAUUCUUUGGGUAAUGAGAGGAUCUUGAAACAGGACCGACCUGCAACUGAGCGAGAUUCUAUAAGCUCUACUAGAAGCAUAAAAUAUUAUCCACGUUUGAACCAAGGGAUGAAAGACUUGUCAGUUGGCAGCAGUCGAGUUGGAGAGUCAGUUGUUUCUAAAGUGACUAAUGUUAAGCCGACUGUUACUAGGACUCCUAGAUACACUCCCUCGAAAAACUUUACUACUCCCAGGAAGCAAGUGGAGCCAGCAAAAGUCGUGCAUACUGGACCAAAUCGCAAAUCUCUACAGCCAUCAAGAACUCCAGUUGACAGAUUAGCCCGCCCAAACCGAAGGGCAUCACUUCCCUUAUCUACAUUUGAGACCCCCGGUCGCCGCAACACCAGCAUUCUCCAAAGAAUGGAGUCUCCUGAUGUUUCCGUAAACGCCCCUAGAAUAGAUAGGAUGGCUGAAUUUCCAUUAGCUUCAUCGGAGGACCCCUUGCUCUCCAUUCGCAAGAUCACUUCAGCUCAUGGCUCAUGUUCCACAACCCCACAAUGUGGUGAUCGGUCCAUAACAAAGGACAAGUGUACGAUCCAGAUUUUCAGAGCAGAUGGAGAGAACGGAAGUGACUCUUCAGGUAGAAAUCAUGGUGCUGGUGAUGCCUCGAGUCGAGGAUCAUCAGAUUCAAGGCGAAGGUUUGACACUUCAUCGUAUCAGCAGAGAGCGGAGGCUUUGGAGGGAUUGCUUGAGUUUAGUGCUCAGCUUUUGCAGCAGGAGAGGUUCGAUGAACUUGGGGUGUUGUUGAAGCCUUUCGGUCCUGAGAAAGUGUCGCCAAGGGAAACGGCUAUUUGGCUCACAAAGAGCUUUAAGGAGACAACCUGACUGUUGAAUCCCUAAAGAUACUCUCUUUUUAGGUUUCAGUCUAUGAUGUUAGAAGAUAGUUAACUGAAGUUGGAGCUUGUAGCAGGCAGGUGAUAUGUUAGUGGUUCUAGCUGUAGACGUUGAUGUAAAUUUUGCCGUUCUUGCCUGUAUACUACAAGUUUCGGCCAUUUUGCUUGAACAUGAUCCAUAUGAAAUGGAGAUGGGAGUUAGGUUA